AUGAGUGCUGGACGGCCACCGGAAUUUGCCGAUGCAGAAGGCACGUGGCCUACGUAUCGCGUUCGCCUGGAGGCGUACUUUGAGGCUCAUAGCAUCGUGGACCCAACGAAGAAGCGAGCGCUGCUCAUCGCUUCGCUCACGGACAGUGCUGUGCGUGUGGCGCAGGGCCGGUGUCAACCAAAAAAGGUGAAUGAACUGAGCUAUGAGGAAGUCGUCGGGUAUCUGGAAGAUCACUAUGCUCCGGAGGUCAACGAGAUCGCUGCAAGUUAUGCUUUCUUCAUGCCUUCGCAACAAGACGGGGAAGCUGCUCAGGAUUUCAUUGCGGACAUUCGACGCCUAGCUGAGAAGUGUAACUUCGGCGCGUCAUUGGAGCGCAUGUUGAGGGAUCGAAUCGUUUGCGGAGUGCUGGAUGAAGACGUUCGGCGCCCUUUACUGACGCGACGGAAGCUCACCUUAGAAGAGGCUGAAGACUUUGCUGUCUCGGCGCAGAGAGCUGUUGAAAAUGCCAGGAGCAUGAACUCGGCGCACUCAGAAGUACAUUUUGCCCGACAAAAGAGCCAUUCCUCGAAGCGACGUUCCAAGCCGGAACAACGCGACGUGUGUGGAAGGUGUGGAGAAUCGCAUGCUGAGGACGAGUGCAAACACCUUCGCACGGUGUGCCACCGGUGUGGAAAACGAGGACAUCUACGUCGGAUGUGCCUGUCUAGCACAAAUAGUGACCGUCGGCAGGGAUCUUAUCCAGCAAGACAACGGCGCCAGGGCUCGUACGCCAUGGCAGCCGGAGAGGACACAAGCUCGGACGACAACGACGUCUUGCACACGAUUACAGCGGUUCUCCAUCACGCAGCCAGUAUCCGCAAGGUUAGGCCUAUUUACAAGGACAUCAGUUGGAAUAACGUUCCGCUCACUAUGUUGGUGGACACGGGGUCACCUGUAAGCGUCAUUCCCGUAACGGUGUUCCGCAAGUACAAGCAGCUCUGGCCUCCGUUGGAAAGUUCACAGCUCAAGCUCUCUUGUCUCUUGGGAGAACUUCCAGUUGUCGGCCAGCUUAGCAUGACCGCUACGUGCGACGGGAAAGAUAUUCCUGGUACUGUCAUAGUGGUCGACAGCUCCGGACCAUCUUUGUGCGGCAGAGACACCAUCAAGGCAUUUAAUGAAGUUGGAGUGGAAAUGUUGUCGAAUGUGCUAGCGAUUCUGCAACCGGUUGGAAUACAGGCUGUCAGCACAGGUCUGCAACAGCUGCUUGACGAAUAUGCCGACGUGUUUGCUCCGGGACUCGGCCUGUGCAAAGGACCACCGGUCACAUUUCAAUUGAAAGAAAACGCGUGUCCACGGUUCUUUAAGGCCCGUACUGUACCCUACGCUCUCAGAGAUAAGAUGUCUGAAUCGUCGGAUCAGCUGGUCGCGGUAGGCGUUUUGACGCCGGUAAAAACCGCUGAAUGGGCAACCCCUGUGGUACCCGUUUUGAAGGGCGAUGGGUCCCUCCGACUGUGUGGAGACUUCCGUAUGACUGUGAAUGCGGCCACUGUGGUAGAACAAUACCCGUUGCCUCGAGUGGACGACAUUUUUGCUAGGUUAAACGGUGGCGAAGUAUUGACGACCUUGGAUUUGCGUCAAGCCUACAACCAGUUGCCAUUGGAUUAG